UGUUCGAGAAAUUCGAGAAGAGGUCGAUUGAAUGUUUAUGUAGAUUUUGAUUGUUUUCUCUGCUUCUGUCUUCUCUGAGUUGUCUUACAUAUUGAAUUCGUAGUACCAAAGAAGUGGAAGUUCGUGGUAAUAUUCUUAUAAGCAUUUGUAAGAAGCCCGAUAUUGUGAUCGAUUGAGAAUUGGGCAAUAUGAGAAGAAAGUAAAUUGUUCACUUUUUGCCUUUUAUGAUUGCAUUCUGUGGAGUUUGAUUCGUGCUGCUUAAGACCCUUGUUUUUUAUGGACCUAUGUGAGAAGAAGGGUAAUUAUGAGAAUUUCGUUUAGGUAUUUGAUUCUGAUGUUGUCUAUUGGAGGACAAACUCUGUAUAAUAUAAUUGUUGUGGACAUUGCAAUCUAUGCUUACCAAUAAUGAGUUUUUUUAUCCUAUUAUACGGGAAAGACUGAUUCUUGGUAAAGAUAUGUGUGUUGAUUUUGUUUAGCAAAUUUUGUUGUUGCUUGAGUGUGGUUUUGUUGCAAUGAACUACUUCCAGUCAAAUGAAGGCGGUGCUUCAUUUUCAUGUGACAUCAAACUAUAGAAUUGUGGUUACAUUUAGGUCCCAUUUGGUUCAAAGCAUUGAAAAUGAGAGAUAGGGACUAGGAUUGCAAUUGAAAAAAAUUAUUAAAAAAGUCUUUAGCAUAAGCUAUUGCUUGUUACGUGGGAUUAGGCAAACCCAAGGAGGUAGGAUUGGGGAAUACCCCUUCUCCCCAUGGCAUUCCUCAAUCCCAUAUACAUGGGUUUGUCUAAUUCCAGGUAACAAGCAAUCUCUCAUGUUAAAUGCUCUUUUAAUAUAUUUUCUCAAUCUCAAUCCUAAUCUCUAUCUCUCAUUUUCAAUGCAUCGUACCAAACGGUACCUUAAUAAGUUAGGUCAUUUGAAAAAUAUUACUACAGCAUUCACUGGAGGAAAUAAAAGGGUACUCCUAAAGAAAGGACCAAUGAUUGAUAAUGGAUAACUGAUUAUAUUUGGUUAUUUGCUUGAGGUUUCAAAUAUCCUUUAUGAUUGGUCAUGGAUAGACGACCUCUCUCUUAUCUCUCUCUCUCAAACUCUUUCUGGUUUUAAUACUUGAUCAUAAUGCAAGAGAUAUGUCCUGGUGCUUUCUUGUUAUAAAAAGUAUUCGGACAAGUGCAUUUCAGGCUUCUUUCUUUCUUUUCUCCCCUUUAUGACUCUUGCAAAAUGUGAAAGAGAAACCACCAAUUACUUUGCAUACUUGAACAUGGGGAAAAUGGGAAAGUACCAUCUAUAAGGCAACAAAUUAGCUUUUUAUUUUUUUGUAUAGAAAAUGAUCUGAUUGUAUUGAUAGUGUAGUGGUGUUGAUUUCACCUGAAAUUGACUCAGCAUGGCUUUAUUCUGAUAUCUCUUGUGGGAUGAAGACCCACAUUUUCACGUAACAAUUAACAAGUAAAUAGGCUCAUGCUUUUUCCUAGUUUGGGAGAAGCUUAUAUGUUAUUUUAAUUGGAUGAUUCUUAUGUGCAUUGCCUAAAGCUGUAAAGGUUUUCUCUUGUUUUUUUUUUUUUUUUUUGGGAAGAGUCAUAUUUGGAGCUGAUAGUUUAAUUAGAGAAUUCAGACCUUCAUGUUUAUCUACCUGUUACUGCUACAAUUGUUGGUUGUUUGGUGUCCUCCAUUAAUCCCAAUUGUAAGAUGCCUUAUUCUGAAACUUUUGUCCUCCUGAGUUACCUCACUUUUCAACUCACAUGUCAGAUUAGCUGUAGAUCCUCAUGCGAAAUGAAUCAGGAUAUUCAGAAGAUUUAUAAUUAUAAUUCUGGCUGUAUUUCUUACAAUAUUGGGAUCCUGGUAACAACUGGGUUGAAUAGUUAAAGGUAUAAUCUUAAUUAGCAUAUUAUUGAAAAUCUAGAGCAUAAACUAAACAAAACGGUUUGGUAUUCCUGGUUGAGUCAUUCUCAAAUAGUGGGCUUGCUGCUGUUUCUUUUGCUUCUGUGGCCUUUGCCCUUUAUUCCCCCCCCCCCCCAAAAAAAAAAAAACUAAACAAACAGCUGAGAGUCUUCAAGAGUUUUGUUGCAUAACAUUCCGUGCCCUUCUCCAUUAAUCAAUAUCACUUAUAUAGUCUGACAUAGAAUGACACGCAUCAUCAUAUAACUAACAUACUAUUGUGGCACACAAGAUACAUGCACAAAUAACUGACUCAUGAGCACAAAAUCUCUGGAAUUUGCAUGCUUAGAGUAAGACAUCUGAGCAUCCUACAUAAUAACUGUCCUAAUGGUUCAUAAAAUAUUGACAAUGCAGACAACAAGUUAAAAUAACUUCCUAAUUGUCAUUCCUGCCAAUAAUAGGCCCCACCUUAUUCGCGGAUUCCAUCCCAGGCUUCUUCCUUUGUCUAGUGUAGGUUAUAAUGGGUGGUAGAAUCCUAACAGCUGUAGAAUAUGAGAUAUGAGGAAUAUAUAUAGCAUGAAUGAGAAGCUAAAAACGUGAUUGGCACCUUUUUAUACUGACCCCCUGUGGUUUCCCUGUCGUUAAUUUUGCAUUUUGGAGCUCUUUUGAGUCAUUUUUACCAGUGUUGACUAAAUCCAAAUGAAAGGGUCUUCUGCGUACAAGCCAGCUUGGAAGUGAUUUUUGAGCUUUCUUGUUUCAUAAAUCUUAGAAAGUAUGGCCGAGUCCACUUGGAGAUUCUCUACUAUGUUUAUUUAGAGACUUAGAUGAGUGGCUUCUUACCAAAGUACCAAAGAUGGAGCUGAAUAGUAUUAGAGAUGCAUUUGACCGUGUAUCUAAGAAACAGAAGUUAUCUACUUCUAAGUUCCAAGAAGUCAUUGAUCAGGUAGGGCUUGAAAUUGAACAGGCUUUGGCGAAAAUUCAGUCAGCUCAUGACUCAGCUCCUGGAGACCAGAAAUCUAUACUCACAGAUCUUAAGUUUAAACUUAAUGCUAUUGGGGCGCUUCAACAGCUAGAAGGACCACAGAAAGAAUUGAAUAUAAGUCUUACCAAGUACCAAAAACUUCUGGAGAAAUCCUUAAAUCCUGAUGUAUCCAAGGCAUACAGAAAUGUUGACUUUGACUUUCACAUUGUGAAUCAGAUUAUUGCAAACCAUUUUUACCGUCAAGGGCAAUUUGACCUUGGAGAUAGCAUCAUGAAUGAAGCUGGGGAACCAAAUUUAAAUUCACUAAGAUCUCAAUUCCUGGAAAUGCAUCAGAUUCUUGAAGCUAUGAGAGUUAAGAACCUCCAACCUGCUCUCACAUGGAUCUCUGCCAACCGAGCUAAACUUAUCCAGAGUGUUUCCAAUCUCGAGCUUAAGCUUCAUACGCUGCAGUUUGUAGAGGUCCUGCAAAAUGGAACUCAAGCCGAUGCCUUAAAAUAUGCCCGAACUUAUCUUGCUCCUUUUGCUUCCCUCCACAAGGAUGAGUUCCAAAAGCUUAUGGGUUGCCUCUUGUAUGCAGGAAGGCUUGACAACUCCCCUUAUUCUGAGUUGAUGUCCCAAAUCCAUUGGGAGAGGACUACCGAAGAGCUGACACGGCAGUUCUGCAUUCUCCUGGGACAAUCCUACGAGAGCCCAUUGAGUGUGGCAGUUGCCGCCGGAGUUGAAGGGUUGCCUACACUCUUGAAGCUGGCAAAUGUAAUGGCAGCAAAGAAGCAAGAGUGGCAGGCAAUGAAACAGCUGCCAGUGCCCGUAGAACUGGGAAAGGAAUUUCAGUUUCAUUCUAUUUUUGUCUGCCCAGUGAGUAGGGAUCAAGCAAGUGAAGAGAAUCCUCCAAUGCUGCUUCCAUGUUUGCAUGUUCUUUGCAAGCAAUCAAUCAUGAAGUUGUCGAAAAGCAGCACCCGACCCUUCAAGUGUCCUUACUGUCCAGCAGAAGCUGUAUCUUCACAGUGCAAGCAGCUCCAUUUCUGAUUUGUGUUUAUCAACAGACUCAUAAAUUUGGUGUGUGCAGUGAAUUUUUAGCAUUCAAAUCCUGCUGGUUUGUAUAUAAAAGUUCUUUCUAGAUUCGCUGUUACAUUUUACAAGACCAAUGGAGUAAAUAAAUAUCCAAAAAAGCUGUUCAUAACCUGGUGCUAUCAUAUCUGUUUUCUGGGUAGAUCAACUUGUAACUAUUAACUAAGCAUUCAAGUACCUGCUUCUACAUUGAGAACUCGUAUGAUUGCUCUUGAACUUCUCUUUAUUAUAAUGAUUAUUUUCUA